AUGUCCUAUCGUACACAAACACGUAUCCGAUCCGACACGGACAUGCCGUCGAACGGUUCAAGGACUCUCAUCAUCGACCAGUCACAGCCUCGGGAGGACAGCGCCGAAGAGUCCGGAGAAUCAUCUCGCCCUCGAGAGUACGACGGUGUGCUGCAUCUACGUGGUGGACCUGAUGCCAGGCCUCACGUCGUCUGGAGUGAAGAUGUGAUCGACAACGAAGGGAUGGGCCGAAAGAAGUCAAAGAUAUGCUGCAUAUAUCAUAAGCCCAAACCAUUCGACGAGUCGUCUUCUGAAGAAUCAGACUCGUCAGACUCCGAUAGCUCGGGUGCCGACCUCGAUCGCGCGAAACCAUCACGUCGCGCCCGUAAGCAUCGUCAUCACAACCACGAUCCGCAUCGGUCAGACUCGGGGGAUUCGAGUGGCAGCGGUGAGCGCGCAAGAGAAUCAGGGGGUACGACGGUGGAGGAGCUACAUGAUGAGCCUGAACCUAAUGCGUACGAGCGCAAACCGAAGCCGUCCAAGAAGGAUAAAGCGCCAGGUAAGUGCAAUCAGAAGCUGAAUUGA